AUGCCAAAGCGCACCGAGCAGGACCACGGGCAAACUUCUUCAGCUGGCAUCAUUACCUCUACAUUUCCAAAUACGGAACAAACCAAGAAGCUUAUAGAAGAGCGCAGACGGAAACACGUCAACCCCACCAAGCCUUACUUCAGAGAGCGGUUCCUGCUGGAGCCCCUCGAAACGUUCCAGUCAGCGUAUCGGUCGUUUGACGGUAGCCUGGGGGACUUCGUCAGAGCCUGCGUCUCCCUCAAAAGCCUCCGUCGCGAAAGGAGACUCCCUGUGUUCUUGUACGAUGACUUUGUGCGCGUCUUCUGCGACGACUAUAUCCAGUACGUUUCUGAGACCGACGAUUCUCGCCCCAUGUAUGCCAUGGAGUGGUACGUCGACAACGUCAGCAAACCGAUUUACCAGAAAGGCAUCUUAACCAAGGACAAUAUCGACCGGGUGCUGAAAAUGUAUCCCGACGAGUACAAUGCCAUCCGAGAAGCCCUGGGCCAGUCUCGCUCGCAUACACCAAUGACGAAUGCUGGCGAUCGGUCAUUCUUCAUGGCUGUCGAUCCUCCGGAGCCUCAAUCUUUGGGGCCGCAGCCUAUUGACACAUCAGCGAAGACCGGCAACGAUGUCCAGAGAAGUCUGCGAACAUCUGACGCUGCCGUCGAUGUCUCCCCCUCGCCCUUUCCGCGAAGACUUAUAUCAGACCGGUCUGCAGACUCCGGAACUGAAGCAUACGUCUCGGCAAGCGAAAACCCAACGUCUGGAGUUGAAGAAACGCCGGCUCGUGCAAGCCGCGAGUGUCGCUCAUCUUCCGCAGACGUUGUGAUUAUUUCAAGUGUCAAAAAGGCAGACGCUACUCCAUCACAGCAGGCGCGCCAUGACGAUGACGGAGGGCCAAACACGAGCCAAUCAAACGGCAAGGCGUCCCUCCGAUACUCCCUGGAUGGGAGCGGCCAGACAAACCCGCCCGUUUCACAACGCGCAACUCUCUCGCGGCAGAGCCUGCCGCCCCAGAGACACCACACGACGACUGCGAUCGCGUGCGCUGCCCCGCAGCUUCACGUACCACGGGACAACGGCACGACCACAGACACCGCACGCCAACAAGCCGGCGGACUCAGCAGCGAGGUCCAGAGAGACGCAGGUUCCGUCCGGGUCGCGCCCGUCGAGCAGCCGCCCUUCAGCGUCCCGCCUCCCAACAUUGACUCAGGAGAGCGGGGUUUCGAAACAGAAGAAGCAGUCGGUUCGAGCCGAGCAGUACCGGCUCAAACUUGA